AUGGCUUCGUCUCCGGGCAGGCAGAAACCACCUUUCUGCUUCAUGGCCCUGCCAAACGAAGUCCAGAAAGAAAUUGUCCGCAACUGCUCCCAGGCCGAUCUGAUAUGCUUUGCCCUCGUGUCGAGACACUGCCGAGAACUCGCUGCCGCCCAACUCUAUCGCAAUUUCCAUAUUGUCUUCCCAGACGAAGAUGACCCCGAAUACGACUCGCCCAUAGACGGCCUGGCCGGCGGUCUCGACACUUUUGUGACUAGCGACUACAACUAUGCUCAGCACCUGAGAGACUUGUCUCUGGACACUCUCAGCGCCGGCCACAAAGCCGAAACAGCCUACAAGGCUUACCUGGCGAAUCUCAGCUGCGGAAAGUUCAUGAACACACUGCUGCUUAUGACGCUGCGCAGGGCAAGGGCUCUCGAGAGGUUCAGGUGGAAUAUCCGUGUCGAACUUAGUCGAACCCUCUACAAAGAACUACACAGUAUCAAGACACUGGCCCAUCUUCAUGUUCGGUUACAAGAGGGACCUUCUAUCUACGAAACGCCUCCUCCCCUUCCAUACAAUGCCGCCACCUCAACAUCAGCCUCGCUGGGCGUCACAUCUGUCCCGCCACCACCUCCCAUGUCGAACUUACCCCCUCCACCACCCCCGUUUUCGACGCUGCCUCCGCCGCCCUCUGGGUUUUAUGUGCCCGUGACCUCCGUCACAGUCAAUGUGCCUCCGCCCCCUCCACCUCCCAUGCCGAAGCCUCACCGACCGAAAGCCUUACGGAAGACGCCCCUUUCCAAGGAGCCACCGACGCUGUCGGGCUUCGGCAAUCUGAGGAGUCUUUCCGUGUUGGAUAUCGACUCGCUCGAUAUGGUUACAGAGAUCAAAUCAUGUGUUCGGAACUCCUCGGCAACUCUCACUAAGCUGAAACUCUCCUUUUCGGACAAGCUGGCUUCACAGGCCAGAAAACCUGCCCCCGAGGCGGAUCCGGACGAUUCAGAUGUCGACGAUGAUUUCCAGCCUACCCCGGCUGGCUCUAGUUCAAACAUGGCCAAUGACAUGAGCGGUCCUGCCAGAGCCUUCCGGGCCAUGGAAGAGAAAAAGGCACAAGAGUCGGUGCUGGGUAGGAUCUUGGAUGUCGAGGUCUAUCUAGUAAAAAAGCCGCCCAAAAAGCCGAAAGACAAGGGGAAGGAAAAGGAAAAGGAAAAGGAGACCAAGGUCGAGUCGAACGGGGGCAAUGGAACGCACGAGUUUGCCCAGGCCUUGAAGACCGUGAUGACCAGGAUUGUGAAGGAGCUGAACGACAACACCGAUCCAAGUGAGGUCAAUGCUACCCAAAAGAAUAUUCUCGAAACUUUCCAGGCUGCCGCAACAAAAUACGUUGAAGAUACGAUGAACAAGAGGGCAGAAAAUUCAAAUAAGCCAAGCACAAACGGGAGCUCAAGUUCAUCAAAGACAGAUGAAUCGGUGGCAGAGGAGCCGGCGACCGCAGAGAGCUCAGGGGCUGCCUCGGUCGCACAGGCCUCGACAGAGCCUGCCAGUCUUUUUAGUGAUGGCACUGCAGACGCUUCCAAGGACAAGCAAAAGGAGAAUGAUGUGACUCCUGAAGAUAUUGACAUUGAGGUGCCCGAGGAGACUCUCCAGCUUGAUGGUGCAGAUGGCCCAACCAAGGACACCUCUUCGAAGGAAUUCGGUAUGACCCCGUCUGCCUCCACGACUUCCUUGGCCACGCCCUCCACGAGUGGCAGCGUGGUGUCGGCCGACGUGAACAAGGCUAUGGCGAACCUAGCCGCGCAAAAAGCCAACUUCAAGACAUUGGCUGAAAAGGUCGAUAUCUUUGAGACUCAAGCUAAGGACUUGACAAAGGAUAUUGAGAGGAUGCGCUCCAGCGACACACCGGUCGAUGUUAGCCGUGUCGCCGAGGCUGAGAAGCAGAUGUACACCAUCAGCCAGAGCAUUGCAGACAUCCACAAGGAGCUCACGACAGUCGAAGCCGAGAUCAACGAUGCCGAGAAGCAAAUUCCCCGGCCAUCUUCCUCCGUGUCCGCUGUUGAUUCGAUUGCGCUCAAAAACCAGCAGAUGAAUGACUACCUGCGGACAACAAGAGGUCUCGCUCUCCAGGUUCUAGCCAUCUACCUCAUCCCGGUCAAGGCUUCAGUUCUGUACCGGGCCAUCGACCUCCGAUGUCUCCGUCACUUGACGCUCCUGAACGUCGGCCCUCAAGCGCCAAUCUGGGCUCAAAUGGCCAAACUCAACAAGGAAGCCCCUCUGCCUCUGCGACACAUCUUUACCGACAAUGUCACACCAGCCUUUUUGACGUUUGUUCACGAGCUGGAAGCGGUGGAGGAGUUGUUUAUGCUCGAGCGGGACUUCAAGUAUAAGCCUGAGUCGUUUGCGCCCAGGACACCGACUACUAUCGAACAGAUUCGGAAGUUGGUGCUAAAGAAGCACAUGCCUACGUUGAAGUACUUGAUGAUCAAGAACUUGGCGGAUCCGAGCUGGGAUCUGAACGAGAAGACGGUCUUGUUGCUGUGUAGGAAGGGGAGGGUGCUGGAGGAGCUGACUGCUUGUAUGAGUAUUAGGACUAUGCGGCUUGCGGGGCUGGUGUCGUUGAGGGCGUUGCAUAUUGCCCAGCUGCGCAACGAGGACACGUGUGUCUGGGUCAUGAGGGAGACGAAGAAGUUUUUGAUUGAUAACCUCUCUCAUCACCCUCACCUAAAGCUGGAGUGGAUCUCGAUCGAUGACGACGACAGGGUAGAGCGGCUUAUCAGGGCGAGGGACUUGCCCAAGCGCAAAAAGGAGAAGAAUAACAAGGUCAAGAAGAUGAGUGCCACGACGGGGCUGGGGAGUACGAGCUCGGGGUUGAUACUACCGUCUAUCGAAACUGACGGGAGCGGAAACUCGGCGUGGUUGGAUGCCAUUGGGGGGAAUGGGAGUAGUGAUGAGAGUGAGGAUAGUGGGGAUGAGGAAGAUGAUGAGAGGUUCAGGGCGAGCAAGAUUGAGACGGUGGGAGAUAUGAGGUUUUAUGAUGUUUAUGGGGUGAAGAUUUUUGAGAAGGAGGUUGUCAGUGGGCGGCUUUGA